GCGGGGAGCGGCGGCAGGGGCUCGGCGCGGCCAGGGGCGUCCGCCAGGGGGCGCGCCGCGACGGGGCGGGAGGGGCCGUCUGGUCUGGGGAAUUAGCACCAGGGACGGGCGCGCGCUCGGGUCCCCAGCACAUCUGGACGAGAGCGACGCCGCUGGAACCGAGGGGGGCGCCGAGCGCAGAUCUGCGGAGCGGCAAAGCCACCGCGCAGCUGGGGCCCUUCGAGGCGCUUGGGGCGCACAUCUAGUACCUCGAGAGGGGGCCGCGCCGCGCGCAGCUGGACCAGGGGAGGGGGCGGCGGCUGCACAGCUGGACCGAAGGGGGCGGGGUCGGUCCUGGGCGGCUGGCAGAGGGGAGGGCCGCGAAUCGCCGGGGACUGGAGCAUGGGACGGCGCGCCUGAAAGAGCGAGGGUAAGGAAGGGGCCUGGGACCCCGCAAGGAAAAGAGGAGAGACAGGGGCCCGAGAGCAAAGGAGGAAGAUGCAACUGACUCGCUGCUGCUUCGUGUUCCUAGUGCAGGGCAGCCUCUAUCUGGUCAUCUGUGGCCAGGAUGAUGGUCCCCCUGGCUCAGAGGACCCUGAGCACGAUGACCAUGAGAGCCAGCCCCGGCCCCGGAUGCCUCGGAAGCGGGGCCACAUCUCACCUAGGUCCCGCCCCAUGGCCAACUCCGCUCUCCUAGGGCUGUUGGCUCCACCUGGGGAGGCAUGGGGGGUUCUUGGGCAGCCUCUCAACCGCCCGAAUCACAGCCCCCCACCCUCGGCCAAGGUGAAGAAAAUCUUUGGCUGGGGCGACUUCUACUCCAACAUCAAGACCGUAGCCCUGAACCUGCUCGUCACUGGGAAGAUCGUGGACCACGGCAACGGGACCUUCAGCGUCCACUUCCGGCACAACGCCACGGGCCAGGGCAACAUCUCCAUCAGCCUCGUGCCCCCCAGUAAGGCUGUAGAGUUCCACCAGGAGCAGCAGAUCUUCAUCGAAGCCAAGGCCUCCAAAAUCUUCAACUGCCGGAUGGAGUGGGAGAAGGUGGAACGGGGCCGCCGGACCUCGCUCUGCACCCAUGACCCAGUCAAGACCUGCUCCCGAGACCACGCUCAGAGCUCAGCCACCUGGAGCUGCUCCCAGCCCUUCAAAGUCGUCUGCGUCUACAUCGCCUUCUACAGCACGGACUAUAGGCUGGUCCAGAAGGUGUGCCCGGAUUACAACUACCACAGCGAUACCCCCUACUACCCCUCUGGGUGACCCUGGCAGGCCACAGAGGCCAGGCCAGGGCUGGAAGGACAGGUCUGCCCUGCAGGAGGCCAUCUGUCUGGACACUGGGCAGGGAAGGGGAUGGGCCUCAGGCAGGGAGGCGGGUGGAGAGGAGGAGAUGCUAAGUGGGGCCAGGCCAAGUCUCAAGCGGUGGGGAAGGGGUCCUACGUGCUGGCCCCAGCCUGAGGUUGUGGAGCGGCCAGGACACGGGAGCACUGGAGGAGGAGUGAGUUCUCAGUGCAGCCUCACAGCGUUCCCCGCUGAGCAACAGGCAGAGGCUGGAUCCAGGAGGCUCCUGGGGCGAGCAAACCAGUGUGGCCCCAGUAGAGUCAUGGAGAGGAGCCUAACACCUUGGCUCCCUCCCUGCCAUCCCGAGGAAGGGCAGCAAUAAGCAGAGGGGUGUUACGUCAGUGGGGCCACCAAGUAGGCGAUGAAGAACAGCUGAGAUGGGGCUUCCUGGGGGCCGACCCUGGGCGUGGAGGAACUGUCCAGCCCCGCCCAGUGGGCAGCCCCAAGCCCCUUGUCCUGGACUGUGGACUGAGCUUGGCUUGAGGCUGAAGUGGUGACCUUUGGUGUCUUCGAUGUCUUGACAAAUAGACCCAUCUGCCCCCAGCCAGGCCACCGCUUUCCAAAAUUUCCUCUCCUUCUGUUGCUCCCCACCCACCCUCGUGCUGAAGGGACACCCAUCCUUAAGCUGAGACAGAGGGCGAUCGUGGUUCUCCCAGCACCAAGUGGAAGCCCACCCAUGCACUGUGUGUCCCUCCUCCACCCCACCCCCUGCUGGCUCCUCUAGGAGCAUCCUUGUCCAGCGAAACAUCCUUCAAUAGCCAGCCUUGCCUGUCAGAUGGGGGCUCACCUGGAUAGAGAUGGUGCCUCCCCUCUCGGCCCUUGGGGCCCUCAGCAGCUCGGGGCUGGACUGUGGAGGGUGUGCUGGACCUGUUCCAUAGUGUCUGUCUCUGGGUGGGGGAGGGGAGGGGAGGGAGGUCUUGUGAAAUCACCUGAUUGUCAACUUCUUGUUCUUGGAGCAGGAAAUAAAG